GUGUAUGUUAUUAAAUAUAUAGUUAAGAGAUUUCAGACUUCAUCACCCUCUUUCUUCCUCUUUUGUUGUAACUCAAGAGUUGCUGUUUUUUUUCCUCGUGACUUGUGAUUUGAUUUCCACCUUCACUCAAGUUUUAAUUGGGAAUCUGAUAUAGGCUUUGGAGGUUCUUCCACUUCCAAGGAUGCUUUCAAUUAUACACUACAGAGGAUUUUUCAGUGAUUGAGUGAGUGGAUAUGAACAUGGAAGGAUCUUAUGAUUCAUCAUGCAAUGGAGAAGCUGGUAACGAAAGCCUUCAGAUCAUUAAAUACUCUCCUUAUAAACCCUGCACCAUGAUAUCAUUAUCAUCACCUUGGUUUGUUCUAAGAGUGUUUUAUGUGAGAGUGUGUGGCAUUCAGGUUGAUGAAUCCACCCCAGAGUUUCUCUCUCUCAACCAUAUUCCUCUUAGUCCUGAUACCCUUUUAGAGGUGAAUGGUGUUAGGAGCAGCAUUUACUCUGAUGGAGAAGAGUCUUCAGUUCUGAGAAGGGAUAGAGUGGAUAAGAAAUCUGAGGAAGCUACCUUUGUGAACACUGAUAGUAUACGUUUUACCGGGAGCAUGAAGUUUGAGGUUUAUGAUAAGGAGAAUUGCAUUCUCUCUGGGGUUCUGGAGAUGUCUAAUAGCAAUGGUUUUGUUGGGGAAUCAAGAAGUGGUGUGAAGAGAUGGAGUAUGAAUUGUCAAACAGAAAUGUCACCUGGUUGUGGCUUCUUCAAGGGAAAACAUGUUGCUGUCCCUGAAUUGCCUUGUCCUGAAAUUGAGGUUUAUGUUGCUGGUUGCUUCUCAGGAACACCUAUCAUCUUAACCAAGACACUGCAACUCAAUUGCCGGAAGAAGCAUAACAGGAAAUUCGCCUUGGAUUCCAUUCCAGAAUAUGGAACAACCGAGUGCCAGAAAGAUGUAUCUGAUCAUGGACUUGAUUUGCAGGUAGUUGAUUAUAGAAGCUUCAAACCGGAACAAGCAGAGGAUUACAACAGCAUGUAUUGCCAAAGAACAAUAUAUGUAGAUGAGGAAGAUGGUGAACUAUCAUGGUUUAAUGCUGGUGUAAGAGUUGGUGUUGGAAUUGGGCUUGGCUUAUGUGUAGGAGUUGGUAUAGGAGUUAGCUUGUUAGUACGCUCAUACCAAGCAACUACUCGUAAUUUUAAGAGGAGGUUCAUAUAAUAUACCCCUCAAGAGUUUGAACUUACAUGCUCUAUAUCUUCAAGGCAACAAACCAUCAGUGGUAUUUUUUUCCCCCUUCAUAAGUCUUUAAAGAAUGUUCUUGUUUCAAAGGAUGGCAUAGAUGCUUAAAUUUUGUCAUCAUGAUGGGUUGACAUCCAUUGUGUGAUUGAUUGUGUAGGUUGUAAGUAGCACAUAAAAAGCGUUUUCAUGUAAAUGGUCAAAAAAAAUAUUGCUACCAGAAGUGGCUUAUAGUUUUUAAUUUUUAUAGUUGAAGAGGUAGUUUAUUUUUUAAACAGCAACAUUGUCAUUGUCAAUUUUUCAAUAUCAGGAUGGAAUAGUGAUGCAGUAUAUAUAAAUGAUAAAUGUAUUAUAAAUCCCUCUUUGCAAUAAUUAACUAAACUGGGGAUGCACCCCUAGUUCGAA